ACGAUUUUUUUUAAGAAAAAAAAGAAAAAGGAAAAAGUUCAGGAAAAAUAGACAAUUUGACAUCUAUGAUCUGGAGCUUGGCCUUAUCAAAAAAUUAAUUAGUAACAAAAUUCAUCCCCACCAGCCAUAAUAAUGAUGGCGAGAGAAAAAAUUGGCGGAACAAUCCAAUUAAACAAGAGCAAAGUCCGCUGUUUUAUUGUCCGUUUUUCCUUUUCCUUGUCACCUUCGGAUCUGUGAUUUGAUAUGAACCAAACGAGCCUAUGAAAAAGAACAGGAAAAAGAGAAAAAGAAAGAACAAAAACCCACAAAAGAUCCGUUGAUCCGGUGUAGGAAAAAGCAGCAAAACGGGUUUGGAAGGAUUAUCCGACCCGACACGGCGGACCCACUUUUCCUCUUCACCCAAAAAUAUCUCUUUUCCAGGUCCUAGGAGAAGUGGAGAUUGUAACUUAUGAAACUUUAAGCUGAAAAACUUCGGCAGGAUUGUAAAUAUUAUAGCAUUUUUGAAGUGUCACGAGAUUUUGGUACUGAGAAUAAUCAUAAUGGGUGGUUGUAUAUCAUCAUCAGCUAAACCAAGCAAACCAUUCAAAACCAUCAAAGUAAAGAGAAAACGGCAUAUUCGCACCAAAAAGCGCCACCUUUCUUCUGUCACAGAUGGAAGCAGAAAAAGGAACAGUGACUCGGGGGCUCGAGUUUCAGAUUUUUCAGUUAGCGAGCUUGUUCAUAAAACGACUUUUUGCAGAAUAUCCGAUGGCUCGAAUUCAACGUACCAUUUUUCUCAACUCCAAUGGCACCACCAUAGCCAAAUUGAUGACAAUGGAAUUUGCCAAGAAGAAGCAUGGUUUGAUACACUCAGCAUACUAGAUUCCGACUCGGAUGAUGACUUUAGUAGUGUUCAUGGAGAAUUCUUUCCUACCAUUUCGAACGGUCAAAUCCUUCCUUACGAAACCUCAUCACGCAUUGUGGAAGACAUCAAAGAAUAUCACGAUAAGUAUCUGAAAACGGACAAUAAUGAUGAAUCCAACACCAAAAGGAAGAAAAACUUGGACCGAGCCCAUGUGAGUUUUAAUAAUAAUGGAUCCAAAGAUGAUAAUAAAAACGAGCGUAUGGAGAAGGCUUCAGAGAGCUUACUGAAGUCUGUUUUGCCGAAGCUCAUCCCAUCUGUAAGUUUCAAUGAUAAGAACAAUGUGGGCCCACAGGCCCAAAAGAAAAACUCGGCUUUUAUCCGUCUUUCUUUCAAGAGGAAAUCUGUCGAUGGUAGCGAAAAAAAUGAAGCAUGUGCAUCGACAAAAUAUGUUUAUCGCCCGAGGGCUGGACUGAUGAUUCCAUGUUGUGCUGAUGAGAAGCCGAGUUUCAGAACUUGGUCUAAGAUUGAGCCCUCGACUUUUAAGCUUCGUGGGGACAAUUAUUUCAAAGACAAAAAGAAAAGCCCUGCAUCAAAUGCCACUCCUUACACUCCAUUCGGCGUAGAUUUAUUCACAUCUCAAAAAAAGAUUAACCACAUUGCGCAGCACCUUGAGCUACCGACUAUAAAAGCAGAAGGGAAAUUGCCUCAACUGCUAAUCGUUAACAUUCAGUUGCCUACUUAUCCGGCACCUAUGUUUCUUGGUGAUGGUGAUGGUGAGGGCUUGAGCCUCGUGCUAUAUUUCAGACUUUCGGAAAAUUUCGAGAAAGAUGUAUCUCCUCAAUUUCAAGAUAGUAUCAAGAGAUUGAUCGAGGAUGAUAUGGAGAAGGUCAAAGGAUUUGCGAAGGACUCAAUGGUUCCUUUUCGGGAGAGGCUGAAAAUAAUGGUCGGUGUUUCUAACCCUGAAGACCUCGUCUCGAAUUCGACUGAAAGAAAACUUUUAAACGCUUACAAUGAGAAGCCAGUUCUUUCCCGCCCUCAACACGAGUUUUAUCAGGGGCCAAAUUACUUCGAGAUUGAUCUUGAUAUUCAUCGAUUUAGCUUCAUAGCAAGAAAGGGGCUUGAAGCUUUCAGAGAGCGUCUAAAAACUGGAAUUCUUGAUUUGGGACUAACAAUCCAGGCCCAGAAGCCGGAAGAGCUACCGGAGAAAGUGUUGUGCUGUGUGAGAUUGAACAAGAUCGAUUUUGUCAACCACGGUCAAAUACCCACCAUUGUUAGGCUCGACGAAGAAUGAUUAGAACUGGGUGAGCUAAUUAAUGUAUGUAUAUCAAGAAAUAAUGAUUUAUUAUAAAUAGUCAAAUUAAUAAAUGACUUUGUUUUAGCAUGGACAUGUUGAUAUGUUCAUGUACUAACACCCAAAUAUGUUUGUUGUGUUAAGCUGUAGUAUUCCACAGCUUGUUAUGUAAUUAUUUUUAUUUUUUCUCUCUUUUGAUGUCACCAUAUGAAGAUUCAAAAUAAAAUUAUAUGCUAAUUAAUGGGUUGAUGGCUGUAAUUUUAUGUGUCAGUAUUUGAUUCUAUCUAUUUUGUUUAUUAAGUGUGGAUUUUUAUUUAUUUAUUUUUUCUGUGUUUUUUUGUUAAGUCCAUUGUCUGACAUCUGUAUUCGUUAUGGAGUUUCUAGUCCUCUUUAUUGGGUUUUGUG